ACUAGCAGAUUCUCCAUAUUAGAGUAGGAGAUUGUUUCCUAGUUUAUGUUAAGGGAUUUAUCUAGACCUUUUGUAAAAAGGAUUUGUAUUAGUAUAUUUAAUAAGAUAGCCGGGCCUAGGAAUUCUCUACGCGACUUUCCUCCAAAGCUUUGGGAUUUUCAGGCUUUGGGAUUUCGAAUAUGGCAAAGCGCUUCGAUGACCCCAGUUCUCACCGUUGUCGGACAAGAAGAUUGGUAGAGCUGCUAGGUCUUAAAGUGGAUGGCAGCAGAAUACUGAUAUUCAUGGAUAUAAAGGAAGGAUGCGAAAAACGUGAUCAGUUUGCCCUGCAGCUUUAUAGGGACGGUCAGCAUGCAGUCUCGCUUCAUGAAAACAAAGGUCAAGCGGAAAUGGCCCGGAUUAUCUCUGAGUUUCAAGCUGGCAGGAUCCCCAUAAUGAUUGCAACAGAUGUUGCUGCUCGUGAUCUAGAUCUGAAGGAUGUGAAAAAUAUUAUCAAUUACGACUUUCCAGGAUCCCUUGAUGAUUAUGUUUACCGCAUUGACCGUGCUGGAAGUGCUGCAGCAAAAGGAACAGUAUUCACGUUCUUUACAACUGCUAAUGCUGUAUUCGCAGAGGAACUUAUUGUCUUACUCAAGGAAGCUGGACAGAAGGUUAGUUCUGAAUUGGAACAACUGGGCCGUGAUGUACUAUAUCCAGGAACCUACAUACCUGCACCGUGGCGCUGGGCGGUUAACCAGGAGGAGGUUGUUUCCAGCAACUACAAAGAUCAUUGCUCCCUCCAUCUGUUAGCCGAAAGCUGA